GCCGGCCUCACCCGACGCAGAACAUCCCGGUUUUCAGCCCGAGACUGAGGACAACCGGCCGGGGAGCGUGCAUCGUCUGAAUGAAUCGGAUGACUCUGAGAGGAGAAGAGGAGGUGAAAGACUCAUCAGACGUGUGAGGAUGGUGGAACGGAGAAGAAAGUGGAAUCAGGACCGUCGACGGCAAGCUGUAAUUGGAAGAAAAAGCCUACAACACAGACGUUUGACUCUGACAAGAGAGCUUAUUUCCUUCUGUCGGUAUGUUAUAGCGAUGAAGUGAAAUGAUAUAACUUUUUUUUUUUUUUUUUUUUUUUUUGUAAACUGUAGUAAGAGAGUAUGGAUGAAGAAAUAGAUUUAGAGACUUUUUUUAAUCUUUGUCAACCCUCUGUUAUACCAUAUGAAUUAGAGACGACGGUUAGAGAAUUAAAUCAGACCCUAGGGACUUUAGAGCUAGAAUUAGACGAAGUAGCGGUCGUAGGUGAGAACUUUACGGACGCUUUAACAGAGCUUGAACAAAUUUGCCGUCAGGAAAACUAUUUUCAACCCUUACACAGCGCUCUUUACUGCUUAAAUCAGACCCCCUCCACUGACCCCGCACAGCAGAAUGAAUUGGAGGUACAAUUGGAAGGUCAGGAAGACCCCUCAGAGCAACGAGGAGGAGGAGGGGGAAAUCCGACUCAUGAAGCUGAGUCGAUUCCAGAUCCCCCUCCCCCAGCUACCCCUCCUUCUCCUCUCCCACCCACCCUUCCUUCUUCUCCCCCUGCCACCCCUCCAGAUCAGAGAGAUCCUGUAGACGCUAUAAACGUUGAAACCAUACGGCGUGACCGCUUCAAUAAUCUAGAGUUGAGAAGUCUUCUAAACUUUCCUCAGAUUGGGCGGGUAAUAGAUUAUGCUACAUUUUACCGCGAAGUCAUGAGAAGCCUUGAAAACCUGUUAGAGAGAGUGAUCCCAGAGCUUAGACCUAAUGAUAUGUUACAGUUGGAAUUGAUAGGUGAAAAUGUGCAGAGACACACCUCAGUCAACUAUCAAAAUGACGACGAAGCGGUUAUGGCGGCUUUUCAAUCCUUAGUGGAUCAAUUAGUACAAUCAAACGCAGCGAUUAUGGAAGAUGGGGGGUUAGAAUUAGUUGUGCAGGUGGUACAUAAUCACAGAGGGGGUGCCAAGAGAAAGUUGGAAAACACUUUAGACUGUGAAAUCCUCUCCAAGAAAGCUCCACAUCUGUAUGUGACAAACAACUCGAACAACCAACUCUGUUUCGCCGUCAGUUUAGCUCAUCUGAUCGAUUCUAAUCUUACAGAUAGCCAGGCUGUAAACUUUGGGAGAGAGUUACAACGUUUGGUUGGUUUAGACGAACAUACCCCCGUCACCUUCAGCGACAUAUCCAAGUUUGAAAAGAUUGUGAAGCGUAAAAUCAUGGUGUUGUACAGAGACGAGGGCCAGCGCCCCCUCUCUCGAUUUGAGACGGACUCACCCCAAUCAGACAAACCCCUGUAUCUGUAUCUGUCUCAGGAGCAUUACUACGGUAUUAAAAACAUCAAAGGAUUUACAGGGAGGAGAUACAUAUGCAGUUACUGCCACAUUGGAUACAACAACCCUCACAAGCACACCUGUGCCGGUCACUGCUUGGUCUGCAUCGAUCCUACAUGUAGUAAGGAAAAGAGAGAGCCCGUCUUUUGCAAAGAUUGCAACAAAAUGUGUCGCUCCCCCUCCUGUAUGGUCAGGCAUAAAAAGAGACGAAUGAAAGAUGGAAAACGAGUCAGCCUUUGUGAUCUGCAGAAAAAAUGCCCUAAAUGCAAACUGUUUUACUGUAUACCCACAUCUACGGGCUUUAAUAAGCACAAGUGUCCCCGGGCAAGAUGUAAAAUCUGCGGGGAAGCGCUACCCUCUGACUCUAAGGCAGCCGUCGAGAAUCAUCUCUGCUACAUUCAGCCUCUCCCCCGCGAUUCAGAACAUACAGACAAAUUAAUCUUCUAUGAUUUUGAGACAUUUGUUGAUGAUAGACACGUGCACGUCCCCUUCCUGGUAUGCACAAAAACGUUAAAAGGGUUAGAGUGGAUGGCCUAUGGUCAGGACUGUGUCACAGCCUUUCUCAUGCACUUCAGGAGACCCCUUUAUAGGGGCUCUACAUUCAUAGCGCAUAAUUCCAGAGGAUUUGACGGCUACCUGCUCCUUAAUGGUAUGGUAGAGUUAGGUUUACAACCCUCUAUCAUCAUGCAGGGAAGCAAAGUCCUAUGCUUCGAAGAUCCAGAUUUUAAUCUGAAAUACAUAGACUCCCUAUCCUUUCUCACCAUGCGUCUCAGCGCUAUGCCAAAAGCGCUGGGUUUCGAUGAUCAGACCAAGGGGUAUUUUCCUCACAAGUUUAGCUCUGAGAAGCGACUAAACUACAAAGGGCCCUACCCCCCACCCAGUGAUUAUGGCAUAGAGCGCAUGACGGGCGGUGAGCAAGAAAAGUUCUACGGCUGGUAUAAAGAGGCUAGUCGGAGGGUCUUUGAUUUCAAAAAGCAGGCGAUACAUUACUGCAAAAAUGACGUCGACAUCCUCUCUACAGGCUGCAUCAAAUUUAGAGAGGAGUUUCUGAGUGAGACAGGCGUUGACCCUUUUAGCCGCAUCACUAUAGCCUCAGCUUGCAUGAAGGUGUUUGUCACAAAUUUUCUGCCUCCCCGUAGCUUAGCCAUACCUUCGCCCGAUAACUACAGGCACCAAUGUAAAACUUACUCCAGAGCCAGCAUUCAAUGGUUAGAAUGGGUUUCUUACACCCAGGGGGUUUUCAUCCAACACGCUCUAAACAGAGGAGAGAAACAAAUUGGCAAGUACUAUGUAGAUGGUUAUGCAGAGGUGGGGGGUGUGAGGUACGCCUGGGAGUUUCAGGGAUGCUUUUAUCAUGGGUGCCCGACCUGCUAUGACCCUAGCGCUACUUGCCCAAUGACAAACACUCCCUACGAGGAGCUACACCUGGCUACUGAGGAGAAAAUACAGACGUUAAAGUCUGUUUACGGCGUACACACCUAUGUCAUGAGAGAGCACGAGUGGGUCGAGAUGAAAAAAUCACACCCCGGGGUAGUAAAGUUUCUCAAAACCUCUGAUUUUCCCAAACCUCUCUCCCCCCGACAGGCUCUUUUUGGCGGUAGGACGAGUGCCUUCAGGUUAAGGUACACGGCGGGGGAGGACGAGCGUGUAUUAUACGCGGACGUCACUUCUCUGUACCCGUACGUCAACAGCGUCUAUCCUUACCCUCUAGGUCAUCCCGUCAUUAUCCACAGAGACUUUGAUAACCCUGAAAACUACUACGGUCUAAUCAGGGCAGUCGUAUACCCACCUCGAGGGCUCUAUUUACCCUUGUUACCCUACAAAACGUCUAAAGGUAAACUAGUGUUUACUCUCUGUCGCACCUGUGCAGAAAUCAACAAUCAGCAGGGCGCAUGCAGACACGAUGAGGAGGACAGGGCAUUGACGGGGGUCUGCAUGCGCCCUGCUGAUUGUUGA